AUGAUGAGAUCACACUUAAUCAUGGAAGCUUCAAUAACUACAGGUGUCUGCAAUGGUGACCCCGCUGAUGACUUGAAAAUGCAAAAUAGAACAAUAAUUACAAAGAUGGAAGAAGUUGAAAUUUUUAUCAAAAGUUGGGAAAUUGAGAAAUCUUUUGAUGUAACAACAAGAAGACCCAUUAGAAACUGCACAGAAGAUAAUUGUACAUAUUGUAUGGAACUCUUACAAAAGUGGGUUUUUGCCCCUUGUCACAAAAAAGUCUCACCACAAGAUUUUUGUGAAAAAAUGUGGGUUAACAAUACCUAUUUUGAGAAUUAUGAAUGUGAUGCACUUUCUGCAUAUGUAGCACUAUGCAACAAGCAUAAUAUCUGCAUUAAGUGGAGGACACCAGAUUACUGUUGGCUUGCUUGCCCUGAUGGGAAGGAAUAUCAACCUUGUGUCCAACCCUGUGAUGCUAAAACAUGCCUAAAUAAAUGGUUUUAUGAAGAAUCAUCAUGUUCCUAUUUAAGAGAAGACUGUGUUUGCAAAAAGGGGACCAUUCUUCAUAGAACAGACUCUGACCUUUGCAUUCCAGAAGAAAAAUGUGUCUGUACAGAUAACGAAGGGCAUCCUCACUCUGUUGGGGAGAGUUGGAUUGGCUCCAAUAAAGGAUGCUGCAUGUACAAGUGCAUGGAGAAUGGGAACAUUAUUGAUACAGAGGCUGGAUGUGAUAAGCAGCCAUCUCCAAUGUGUGAUAGAGAAGCUGAAGUGAUUGUCAGUGUAAUUGAAGAACAAACUUGCUGUCCAAAAAAUAUCUGUGAGUGCAACAUGACUUUAUGUAGCCCUAUUAUCCCGGUAUGCAAAAGAACUGAGAAGCUAACAGUCAGAUAUACUCCUUUCUCCUGCUGUCCUCAAUACCAGUGUGAAUGUGAUAGGUCAGCAUGUCCCAAUGUUACUCGUCCAGAAUGCCGAGAAGAUCAGUUUAUUGUAGAAGUCAAAUUGGAUGAUACUUGCUGUUUCUCCUACUUGUGUGUCUGUGAAUCUUGCAUUGAACCUAUUCCAGAAUGCAAUGAAGAAGAACUUCUUGCAGUAGAUCUUAGUACUGCACAUUACUGUUGUCCUCAUUAUCACUGUGUAUGUGAAGAGAAUCUGUGUCCUUCACCUUUUCUGAAUUGCUCUGCUGAUAUGAAACUGAUUAAAAAAAGAGUUCUUGGACAGUGUUGCCCAGACUGGAAUUGCGAAUGUGAUUGUGAGAAUGGUACUGUACCAAGCUGUAAGUUGGGUGAAGUUCAGAAAAUAAGUGCUAAUGCUUCUACGGCAUGUGGAUGUCCACAUUACAUUUGUGAAAAAGAAAAUGUCUGUAUAUUCCAAGAAGUCACUGUACUGAACCCAGGUCAGACAUUGAUUCAAUAUUUGGAUGGAGAACUUUGUUAUACGGCAAAGUGUUUACAAGAAAGAGACCCUAACACUGGAUUUCACACUAUGAAUCUGGCAAUAGUUAAUUGUUCCCAAAAAUGUGAAUCACAUCAAGUACACAGCCCAUCUGAUGGUCAACAUUCUUGUUGUGGUUCCUGCAUAAAUAUCUCAUGUCCUUUUUAUACUGACAAUGGAACUCUUGAGAUUUAUGAAGAAGGAAGCACAUGGGACUCAAACUGCACUAAAUAUGAAUGUGCAAAGAUUGGUGUGGAGACAGUGGUGCUUGGCUCCAGUGUGUUUUGCCCACCCUUUAAUGAGACUGAAUGUGUAAAGAAUGGAGGCUCUGUGCAAACCUACCACAAUGGCUGCUGCAAGACCUGUAAAAGAGAUGAAAGAAUUUGCCAGAAAAUAAUGGUCAGAACUACUGUAAGAAAAGAAGACUGCGUAAGCCAAAGUCCUAUAAGUGUGGCUUCUUGUGAUGGAAAGUGCCCCUCUGCUACAAUUUUUAAUGUCAACAUCGAUAGCCAUUUAAGGUUCUGCAAAUGCUGCCGUGAAAAUGGAGUCCAGAAUCGAACUGUGCCACUUUACUGCUCUGGAAAUGGCACUGAAAUUCUGUAUGUUAUGCAGGAACCUACAGACUGUUCAUGCCAGUGGAAUUAAAAAUGUUGUGAUUAUGUACAAACCAAGUU